AUGAUUCUCUCUCUCGCCCUUCCCCUCCUGGUCGCGCAGAGAGCGCUUGGUCAGGGAGGCCCACGUCAGGGUGUUGCAGAACAGAAAUCCGUCAUCUCAAUGAGAUCUCUCAUGUAUGGAGAGCUCCUCGAUGACGCCAAGUCGCAGAUUAGCGAAGGCAAAACAGUCGUUACAGCCACCGGUGGUUCAGGUCCCUUUGCACACACCACUAUAGUGACUGCCACACCUGGUUGGGACGAAAACUGGGGUCCAGAAGGAGUCUAUCAUGCUGUGUUGGACGUUCGUGGUCACCAACAUAUCCAGGUUGAUGGAGGCGAGAAAGUAGCAAUAGAAACGAGUCCAAGCUGGGCAUCCACCGCGACCGUAACUGGCAUCAGUGGCUGGGAGCCCGAGCAUCAUUGUGCUACACCUACUAUGGCAUCCGCAGUUGGUAAGCGUUACUGGUCAGGCCACGAAGCGGAAAAAGAGGAAGAGCAAUUCGUGAACAAAUUGCCACAUUUCAAUGCUUCAGCAAUGAGACAUGAUACGCGGUGGGUGACUAGCGUUUAUCUGGGAAAUCCACCGAUUCUUUUGCAGGUCGAGAUCAAUACUGGAUCCAGUGACUUCUGGGUGUACCCUGAAGGCAAAGGCUGGGCAAUGCCGGGAUACAACGCAUCGAACUCUACAACACAUGUCCUCCAUGAUAAGCAGACCUUCAAGUCCGUGGAUCAAGGUGGAACCGUGUCAGGAACGGUUGUUGAGGAUGCAAUGCGCUUCGGUGUCGAAGCACCGGAUGCAGACCCUUCUCCAGAUAAUGCUUAUGGACAGCUACUGUCCAACAAUUGCACAUUUGGUGUUGUAUCGAAGCAGAAUCAUGCUUCUGCUAUAACCCUUCCAGAUGAAACGACAUGGAAUUCCCUGGUGUCACCAGAUAACACCCAAGCCUAUGUUGAUGGGAUGUUGGGCUUGGGAAUGGCGAAACUUGAUGACAAGAGCCCGACUAAGUUUCUUCCCUGGCUUGCAAGAACACAUAACAUUACUCUCUUCACACUCAGCCUAGAAGGUGGCCGAAGUUCCGAACGUGGCUACUUUGGGCUGGGGUACAUCGACAAGAAGCGGGUGAACGGAACGAUUUCUUACACACCUGCACAACGAACUCCAUAUCGAAAGUUUGGGCCUGGUUGGGGUAUCACUAUGACUUCGUUCGAAGUUAUCGAAGCUCAACAGCCACCAACUGAAACCAAUGUUCAAGUAGUGGUUGACUCCGGCACCGAGUACAUCUACCUUCCCAAAGAUCUUGUGAACCAGUAUUAUCGCCAAGUUGAAGGAGCUACAUACAAUACUACGUACAAGCAGUGGUUCUUACCAUGUGAAGGAGGGCAAAUGCCAGAAAUCAGUUUUGGACUGAAAGGGGGAUACGUGGGAACAUUGUCCCGCGUUGUCCUUGAAGAUCACAUUCCAAUCUGGGGAUUGGCCACAGCUAGCGGCCCUGAAGAGCCAGAAUUAACAGUUUGUGCUGGUCGAUUGCAAGAGGUAGAGAAAGGAGGACAAGCGAUCUUUGGAUGGCCAUUUUUCUCCUCUCGUUUCCUGGUCUUCGAUCUUCAUGGAGAGAAAAUUGGGAUCGCAAAGCAGAAAAAGCCUCGAAAUCCCUGGGGAUACUAUGAUGACGAUGAAGAGUGAAGCAAUUGAUGUUUGAGAAUCGGAUGCCUUGGUUUGAAGGUGGCUUUAGGUGGGAGGGAGAAAGAUUGUUUGACCCGGGGUAAUCACUAUCAACACAACCAUACGUUGUGCGCAUUCAAGUGUAGAG